CUAGAGCAGCUAAAAUGAACAAACUUCUCUCUGUUCCAUCGAGUUUACUCUCUCACGAAUUUUAAGUCCGUGGAUUUUUUGGAAACUUUCAAUAUGUCAAAUAAACGUCAACAUUUAUCGAGGGAAUUUUUGUUGAUUAGAUGACUAUUUGGUGCACACACAGUGUCUUCGUAAACAAUUGUGGUCUAUAUUAUAGAAUGUGUUGAAAUAUGUGUUGAAGUACAAAAAUGCAGUAAACGGAAUUGAUUCUAUUAUUUAUCUGUUAAUUAAGUUUGUCAGAGUUAAAAUGUCCAAUUCAGAGGCUGGUGUAGGAUGCAUCAGUGAGGUAACAUUUGCGAUUAGUAAAGCAAGAAGUUCUCAAGCAGGUACUGUGAGAGUUCUUGAUAGUCCUGAUUCAGAUGGAUCUGGCCACUCAAAUUCAUUUACUGUGCAACGAUUUAAUUAUUCCAAUGAUAACAAUAAUACAAAUAUCCUUCAAUCACCCCUCACUAGCGAAGACUUGAGAAUACCUAUUGUUGGUUAUGAAAUUAUGGAGGAAAGAGCUAGAUUUACAGUUUACAAACUUCGAGUUGAAUUGAAAAAUGGCGAUUGUUGGUUUGUGUUUAGAAGAUAUACAGAUUUUGUUCGACUACUAGCUCAAUUAAAAAGGCAAAAAGUUCCUAUUGCUCAUUUAUCGCUACCAAGAAAAAAAUGGCUUGGUGAUAAUUUUGCUCCAAGUUUUUUAGAAGAAAGGAUAUGUGGGCUUCAAGCAUUUGUUAAUGGCAUAUUGAGUAGUCCAAUUCUCAUAGGUGUUUCAUGCGUAAGAGAAUUCUUCUGUUUGGAUGAACCUCCUGUUUUAUCUGAUACAGCAGAGGAAUCCAGAGCAAUAUUUGAAGCACUGGAAGAUACAAUUUAUAAUUUAAGACAACAACUAAGAGAGCGUGAUGCAGUACUUGCAUCUGAAAAAGCUCGUUGCAAUGAAUUCCGGAAAAAACUUCAUCAAAUAUUGAGUGAGAGACAAACCUGUUCAAAAUGUGGUGCAACUCAAUAGUAACUAUAUAGACUGCAUAUAAUAUCAGAUUUGAUAGAGUUAAUUUAUACAAAAUUUAAAUUAAUGUUAUUAUAAAAAAG